GAGGCGGGCGCCGCCGCCGGAGGGAAACGGCCCGGAGCUGAGGGAGGGACGGCGGGUGCCGCCGUAGCGUCGGGGCCCGGCCCGCCUCCCGCCCUCCGCCCCGGCACCGGCGGCGUCUCCGCGGUCAGACCCCACCUCCUCCUCCGCCUCCCGGGGUGGUGAGUAGGGGAGCCCGGUAGAAGAGGUCUUUCCCGGAGCAGACCUCAAGGACGUCCAGCUGUGAUGGCGGCCAGAGCUGUGCCCCCCCCCCCCCCCCCCCGCUCGCCCGGGGUGGGCGCUUGCAGAGUGACACGUCUCCCUUUUCCCCCUCCUCACGUCAGCCCAUAUCACGAUAGUGGCGACAGCAGCGAGGUCGGGGGGUUGCUCGCGUGCGAGAUGCAGGGCGCUGAGGGACGGCUGCCGAGGGUAACCAACUAAAGAAGUUAUGAAUAUCAUCUGUGGUCUAAAUUUGCUGGGCAGAAACUGUAUUUUCUUUCGUUUGGCUUCUUUGACCAAGCAGGGGAAGUGCAAGAAUCUCUGUAGGUCUUAUGGAGCAUAUUGCCGAACUCAAGUCAUGUGUACACGAGACAGAUGCCAGAGGUUGGAUUUGAGUGGAAAUACUAGAAUCUGUUUUUUGACUGGAAGCCCUGACCCCUAUAGAAACUUCACUGGUAAAGGACUGAGGUGUCUUUUGAAUGUCCCAAAUACAAAAGUAUACAAGAAUGUACACCACGGUUUGGGAAAGUUUUGCUUCCAGUCUUCUUGGCCACUGAGGGAGAAGCUCGCAUCCCUGCAAAUCAGUUCUGUAGGGCAAUUCCCAUGUCAUUUUUCUUCUUGGAAUAUUCAGAUCAUCAGGUUUUUUCACACAUCACCAUCGUUACAGGCUGCACCAGUUCCUCUUUUCUGGAUUAUUGUUAAGCCAGCUCAGAAAUUAUUUGCUAUCAUUCUUGGCAGGAGCAUAAGAAAUUGGUGGAAGGCACUUCCUCCUAAUAAACGGGAACUUUUUAAAGAAAGUGCAAGAAAAAAUAAAUGGAAGAUAAUGCUGGGUGUGAGUAGCUUAGGAGUUUUAUUUGUCAUGUUUUACUUUACUCACUUGGAGGAGACACCCAUCACUGGGCGCGCUCGACUGUUGGUGUUUGGAAAAGAGCAUUUUAGGGAACUGUCACAGAUGGAAUAUGAUAUGUGGAUGGAGGAAUUCAAAAGUAAAAUGUUACCUGAAACAGAUGCACGCUAUCAGGUUGUGGAGAGAGUUGUUGGUCAUUUAUCUGAAAGCAAUAAGGACAUCCCGCAGGUCUUGGCGCUCAAGUGGAUUAUCCAUGUGGUGGACGAACCAGGUGUAAAUGCUUUUGUGCUUCCAAAUGGCCAAGUGUUUGUUUUCACUGGACUGCUAAAUGCAGUUUCUGAUAUUCAUCAGCUGUCUUUCAUUUUAGGACAUGAAAUAGCUCAUGCUGUGCUGCAACAUGCAGCAGAGAAAGCCAGCCUGGUUCACUUCCUGGAUUUCCUAUCACUCAUCUUUCUCACUAUGAUUUGGGCCAUCUGUCCUCGUGAUAGUUUGGCAGUUGUUGCCCAGUGGAUUCAGAGCAAAUUGAAGGAGUUCAUGUUUGAUAGACCAUACAGCAGAACAUUGGAGGCUGAAGCUGAUAAAGUGGGACUUCGGUUUGCAGCAAAGGCUUGUGUGGAUGUAAGAGCAAGCAGUGUAUUCUGGCAACAAAUGGAAUUAGCAGAAACCAUUCAAGGACAGCCCAAGUUACCAGAGUGGCUCUCCACACACCCUUCUCAUGAAAACAGGGCUGAGCACUUAGACCGACUUAUCCCAGAGGCUCUUAAAAUAAGAGAGAGCUGCAAUUGCCCAUCUCUUUCUGGACCAGAUCCUCGCCUCAUUUUCAAACUUAACAUGCAACAUCUCCUGGAAUCGUCUAAAGAUCAAGAAACCCCAAAUUCUACAAAACAAGAUCUCUCAAAACCAAAACUGGAUUUUCCUCACACUCAGAAAGUGGAAGAUAUGCCAGUAACUUUUGCAGUUAAACCUACAAACUAAUUAUAAAAAUUUUCACUUUUUAUGAAACUUGUGGUCCCUGAAGGUCUGUCUUAUAAUGCGAAUUUGUCUUUGAAUCAUAAAGAAGAUGUAGUCACUCAUAUUCUGUUUCUUUUAUGUGAUCUCUCAUUCAAAGCAAUAAGGAGCCAUGCCUACACAGGAAGAAGAGAAUGUUGAAGCAGAAAGUUUCUUAUUCAUCAAGAGUUACUAAAAUAAAUCAGUUCUCAGGGGAGAGAUAAUCUCAUACAAUCCAGUCACACAUUGUAAUUUUCAGCUUUAUCAGGUUCACCUUGAUCAGAGGACAGAUGAGCCAGAAGCGUCCCUAAAGCAGAGCAAAAAAGAAGUACAGUUUUCAUCACUUAAGUUGUCUGGUUUAUCUUGCUGUAAUUUGGGUUAGAUCUAUUCAGCUUCAUUUGAGAAAUAAUGAGGAGAGCUUACCGCCUGUUCCAUAUAUAGUAUGUUUAAAAAUACUAAGCUGAGAUGUGGUAAUAGCCUAUGGGCUAGAUACACCCCCACUUAAUUAGGUGGAUUUACUGCUGGGAUUUUUCUUCUUUCUAAGGCAUUUCAGAAUAUGGAUUGAUUCAACAUUUUUCUUCUAAGUAACCUGAAAGGAUUGCACAAAGUUCAGUUUAAAAAAGGAAGUUAAAUAAUUUUCAAGGAAGUCUUUUCUUCUGAAAGAAACACUGUAUAAAACCCAUAGUUUGUUACUAGAAUGGUUUGCGAGGAUGGCUAUUGUCUUUUUGAAAGUUAUCGACGUGCCUUUUGGGAGGGUAUUUUCAAUGCAAUGGCAUUUGAUUUGGAUAUAUCCUUUUGGAUAAAGUGAUUGCUGAUGCAGAAAUAUAUUACAUAGUGGACAAAUACAACAAGGUUUCUUGACUGCACAGCUUUUGCAGCUGUACCUUAUCCUAAAAAGUGACUUCUCUUCAGGAAACUGGCAUCUAUUGCUGAGCUUCCAUCCCCUAAGCCACAGAUUUUAUACUGUGGAGACCAAUAUGCACUAUAUAGGUAAAUCUCUGCCUUUCAUGAUGGGCUAACCAGUAUAGCCAGUGUUUUAAUCUUCAUUUGCACAUGUUUGAGUUAUCCUCGCUUUGCAGUUGAUGAAAAUAUUGAAAUGCUGAUCUUACAGGAAGAUGUAGAAAGAGAUGACAGUGAAUGAAAAUAUAAAAGGAAAAUCCCAUUCCUUUAUCUGUUGAGAUGUAUUUACUGUUAGGCUUUUUGUUACUCACUUGAAUUAAAACGAAAAUCUGUUUCAUGUAUGAUAGGACUCUACAUGGAGGGGACAUUCAAAAUAUUGUACGGUGCAUUGUAUUUUGAAACAUUCUGUUUUAUAUAUGGAAGGGGACAGACCAUCAUAUUUCUUCAGUUAAAUCAGAAUGCAAGCUUUUAAAAAUGAAAAAACCCCUAUUCAGUGUUGUCAGUGAAUAUAUUUGGAAAAAAAGUUUGUGAAACAAGUCGUUUUUUUACUUACUUCAGUUAAUGAACCAGGGUCCUUUGAGAAACACCAGCAACUACCUACCUUAUCUCUGUUCAGAGGUAAGUUGAUGUAUCUGUAAUGUUCGUGAUCCUAGGUCUGAUUAUAUAGGUCUAGAUUGGCUGCAUAUUGCUUACAGGCUGUUUUUAAAUGUCUGCUCAGUACUCCUGGCAAGAGGCAGAAAGUCCAGCCUGACCAUUAUUCAACCAUCCAUUUUUAUUCUUAGUGACAGGAGUUUUUGUAACAGACAUUCCGUGAUGUGUUGAAGCAUUUGGACAUUGUCACCUGAAGGUAAACAGAAAAAUACACCAUUUAGAUUUCCCUGUGGACCUUAUAGUUUAUACUGCAGCACCAAGACCCUAACACUGCUGCUUUCUCGCUCUGGUGCCAAAGCUUGGUUUGUUAUCCAGGGCUCCUGGUUGACAUGCAACUUGAUGCUUGUGUCUCUUAGGACUAAGGAGAACACAGAAGAGGUUUUUAUAGCCUUCAAGAUGAAGUAUGAAACUACACAAAUUUCGGAUUUCUGCUCUAAGUGACUUAAAGUAUUGCAUUGGAAUGCUGGAGAUGCAGUCUUUAAGUUCACCAAGGGAGAUUUUUCACUUUAUUUUAUUUGUAUGUAAAUGGUCUUGUAACCAUGACUGUGGUGAUGUGAGAGAAAAGGUUUCAAGGGAGAUGUAAUAGCUUAUAUUAGACCAACAAAGGGCUUACGUACUUUUUCUGACUAUACUGCUCUAAUAAAACGUACAAAGCUUACAUGUGCAUGCAGAGACACACGCAUAUGUAUGUAUAAAGUACACAUAACAACACAAGAGUUAGGCCUCUACACUAAACCACCAUAGUUUUAAGUCCAAAAUGGGAUGCUGAAAAUUUCAAGUUUUACUUUACAUCUUAAAUUAUCCCUAAUAUUUUUCUCAAGUGCUUUGGGAGAAGUUUCUUCUUUCUGCUUCUCUAGUGUCCAACACAGAAAAUGCCUUGUGCUUAUCUGUGUCUUGGAGGGUACUUUCCCCUUAAAUUCUUACUGAAUACUAUAUGUUAUAUUUGUCUAUAUUGUUAAAAUAUUUUGGCUUUUCUUUCUUGAACAGAAAAAUUACAAAAAUGUUGUUUUCCACAGUUUGGGAAGUCAGUAAAAAUUGCACUUUGUAAAUCAAGGAACAUACAAUCAUUUUAAGUUGUGUGUAUAUACAUAUAAUUUAUAACCAGAUAUAAAAUGCAUUAAAAUAUAAACUAUAAUAUAUUAAUAGAUUAUUAAUCAUAGUAAUUAUAAUUUCAAAAUAUGUCCCUUAGGAAAAUACUAUGGAUGCAAGCUCCUGAGAUCUGUAGGAACUUCAUUGCAGUUGUGUAACUUAGUAUGUCACGGGAAAAACAGAUCUAGACGCAUUGUUGAAGGAAUUCAGUACUUGACAGAUGUAUGCCGUACAAGAGGGAGAAUAGUGGCUAAACGGAAAAAAGGUAAGAUAGAUCAGUAGAAAUGCACCUGCAUUUUUAUCACCCAUACUGCAUGCUGUACUUCACAGCUUCCUGCUGGAAGAUUAAAUAUAGAGUACAAAUUUCACUAAAUCUCUUAAUCCAUUUACUUGAAUGUUGAGAGAUUUGAUAAGCAGGGGAUGUGCAUUCAAGGCAGUCCUGUAAUAAAAAUGGCUCCUUAGAACUUUUGGUUUGUCAUGUUUACUUUUUUGUUUGUUUGUUUUUUAACUUGAAAUACCUAAGUGCCAGGAAAGCAAAGCAAACAGCUGUUGGAAUGCUCUUUGUUCUUGAAUUCUUUUUGUAGUCAUUAAAAAUCCUGCAAGCUUGA